CCUAACGCAGAGCCAGCGAACCCGCACUUCGGACUAAUCGACUCACUGUUACUGUAGAGGUCUAUGCCCGGUUUGUUGACUAUGUUUCAGAGGCCUAGGAGACUUGUAUACGUCUUUUUUCUCUUAUUUGUAUUGACGUGGAUACUCUUUAAAUCUGAUACAUGCAACAGAACUGCAAACACAGUUACCAAAUUCGGACGCCAAUCUAAUGGGAUUUUUGAAGUGAAGACAAGAAGAAACUUGGAAAAGAUCAAUCUCAGACACAAGCUGCAAUCAGCACGAACUAAAAACGAAAUAAAACCCGAGACCAAGAAAUCCCAAUAUUGGCAUUUUGUUCUUGAUGAUGGAGAAAAACGCCAUCGGAAAUUCGGUCCAACUAUACCAGUAAUAUAUGCCAUCACACCAACAUAUGCGCGUUUGGAACAGAAGGCUGAACUAACAAGGUUGUCACAAACAUUUCUUCACCUGUCACAUUUUCAUUGGAUACUUGUAGAAGAUUCCGAAAACAAGACUAGCCUGGUGAUCAACUUGUUACGAUCAAGCGGUCUAUCGUAUACACAUUUGCAUGCUCAAACACCACCGAAUGUAAAGUUGAAACCCACAGAUGCCCGUUAUUCAAAACCUAGAGGGGUAUCGCAAAGAAAUGCCGGGUUGUCAUGGAUACGGGAUAAUGUGGAUCCCGAGACCCAAUCUGGAGUUGUAUAUUUUGCUGAUGAUGAUAAUACGUAUGAUUUACAGGUGUUUGAUGAGAUGCGGGUGACACAAAAGGUUGCAGUGUGGCCUGUGGGAUUUACAGGACAUUUGAAAUAUGGAGGCCCAGUCGUGACACAUGGAAAGGUGACUGGCUGGCUGACGGGACUAGAACUGCAUCGCCCUUUUGCCAUUGACAUGGCCGGAUUUGCCAUCAACAUUAAACUUUUUUUUCAAUAUCCAGAGGCACAGUUUUCCAACUAUAAAGUCAGAUCAGGGUUUCAGGAAUCCAAUAUAUUGCAGCGACUUCAUAUAUCACUGAACGACCUUGAACCUCUUGCUGACAAUUGUACGAAGGUACUUGUAUGGCAUACUAGAACCGAAACACCUCGAACUGACGCUGAAGCAAGAAAUAGACAAAAGUUGCUCAAAGGGCCCUACUUUUCUAUUGAGGUUUGAUCCAUAUUCGUAACGAGAAACACUAUUGUUCAUUAAGUGUGCAACAGAAAGGAUUUGUAACAGAAAUAUAUUAUACUACGUGAGUAGAGCGUGAAACGACAUUACAAGUUAAAGGAUUAACAGUUUCAGUGAUUAACGGCGUACCAACAAUAUAAAAAACUUUGGGCUCGACCAGACAGACCAGAGACUGUAAAGUCCUAGCUGGGAGUUGCUCUUCUCUGUUUGCCUUCCAUCCAAGUCAGAUUCAUACUCAGUAUCCAUUGUGAUCACCUUAGCCAUAGUUUAAUCUCACGUGAAGCAUUGAGCUCUUAUUCUAAACCGGAGUAACCGUUGUUGCUUAUGCGUACUUAGUUCAGACACUGUAUGCUUGCUUCCCAUGAACAGUUCUUCACAAAGCUAUUCGAGCAAUUUGAAACAAGACGACAGAAAUAUACUGACACUUACAAAGAUGAAUCCAUGAAAAUAUCAGGAUAGUUGGCAAAGAACAAUGAAAAUACCCUAUGGUUAGGACUAGGAAGCUCCAAAACUGUUGUCAAUUGUGAUAGCCGUUGUGAGUCGUCACCCAAAAGCAAAAGAGAACAAGCACGUUUUUACACGUGCAAAGUACGAAAAAUGCAAAGUAUCAUUACCUUUUCGUGCAGAAAUGGGGUAUAAAGGUUUGGCAUUCAAAGGCUACCCGCAUAUUCGCUGUAGCCGCGGAAUACCACUGGGGACGCAAUGCCGAGACUGACACUUUGGGAACGGGAACGUGCCGUCAUAUUUUCGUAGACCCUAUUCUGACCUAAAGGCACCGAAAUGAACGUCUACACGGCACAUACAAUGGUUACUUCGACGCUGGCAUGGCGUUCUGUUCUCUGACGAAUCCAGAUUUCACCUCAGGAACGCCGACGGACUUAUACGGGUAUGGCGUCGCCGUGAUGAACGUUGUCACGCUGAUCGUGUUGUGCAGACUGAUGAUCGACGGGGCGGCGGAAGUGUGAUGGUUUGGUGCGAUAUCAGUUUUCGGCACAGAGCGCAGCUCUAUAUAUGCAUAAGUCGUGUUAAUGCAGUUUACUACAGGGACGCCAUGUUUAAACGUCAUGUUGUCCUCUGUUUCCGUCAACGCCAAGAGCUGCAUAUUUUCCAACAGGACGCCGGAGCACAUAUAGCACGUGCAUCUAUGGACUUCCUGGCCAUAGGCUGUAUUAUAGCUAAAUUGGAUAGAAUUAUCAAUAAACCGCCCGCAUGUUAUCAGAAAUCGGCGGGCUAAUGUAAUUUGAUAAUGCCCUCAUAUUGCUUGACGACGGGCCAAUAUCACGCCUGUUGUUAGGUGACGCCAUAGGAGAGGGAUAGAUGACGUCACGUUCGAUAGUGACGUCAUCUGGUUUGUUCUAUGACGUUUCCAUAUUUGUAAAAGUGGGUCAGUGAUAUUCGUGUUGCUUGUAGUAAAUGUAUCAAACCCGAUAUUGUUGUUUCUUUUCUUUUUUAUAACAAAUUCCAUCCAUUUCAGCUAUAAUAACGGCAACCUUUUUUUUUAGAGCAUUAUCAUUUGCAGAAGCCCUCGGUCUUUUCACCUACUCUCCUUCGUCGGGCAGUUACCCUUAUAUUAUCCCCUGGCACUUGUGGGACUACCUGGGACAGCGUAUUGCACGUAAACCUCAAAUUGUCAACGUUAGAGAGCUCGCACUUUGCCUGCAACGUGAGUGGCGUAGGAUACCAUCAGCUGUUUUCCAGAUUGAUACUGUCCAUGAGAAUGCGUUGUGUGGCAAGCAUUGCAACCAGGGACGGUCAAAUGUAAUGCUCUCAAACAUGUGUGUGUUUCCUGAUUAACGGUGUGCGGAUUAAAGAGGUUUCAAUGUAUAUUAAAACAUACAAGCCCCAUUGAAGAUCCCUGGUAGAAUUGAUCUCCAGCAAGCCAUGCUUGUCGUAAGAGACGAAUAACGAUCCCCAUGCUUUACAUAGCCCGACUUUAUUCAUUGAUUUGAUUGAUUGAAUUACAAUUUUUCGAUGUCUCGACAACAUACUGCCAUAUAACGACUAUUAACUGAUAAACUUGUGAAUAGAUGAUACUUUUUCUGGAUAGCAACUUCUCUUUUUCUUUGUCACGACGUUUCAGCUACUUCUUGCUCCUUUAUCGUGUGAACGAUGUCACGACGUUUCAGAGCUACUUCUUGCUCCUUUAUCGGUUGAACGAUGUCACGAUGUUUCAGAGCUACUUCUUGCUCCUUUAUCGUGUGAAUGAUGCCACGACGUUUCAGAGCUACUUCUUGCUUCUUUAUCGGGUGAAUGAUGUCACGAUGUUUCAGAGCUACUUAAUUCUUGCUCCUUUAUCGGUUGAACGAUGUCACGAUGUUUCAGAGCUACUUCUUGCUUCUUUAUCGGGUGAAUGAUGUCACGACGUUUCAGAGCUACUUAAUUCUUGCUCCUUUAUCGGUUGAACGAUGUCACGACGUUUCAGAGCUACUUCUUGCUUCUUUAUCGGGUGAAUGAUGUCACGACGUUUCAGAGCUACUUCUUGCUCCUU